CAUAAUUUUGAGACCGAGAACAUGUCGCAGGGACUGAAACAAGAACAGAAAUUGGAUCCUGAUGAAGAGGAAACAAAAGUCGAAGGAGGUCGCGGCGGUGAGCUGGGAUGAUGAAGAGGCGAACGAGGACCUCAGCCUUAAGAUUGUGGAGAAACAUCUAUUGAUGCGUGCGGCCAAGUUAGUUCAGAAUGAUGCUGACGACAACAAUGACGUCGUAUUAGAUGAUGAGAAAAAGGUGGAUCUCUCUUCUUCGUCGGCCAAGCAAGACUAUGGCAAUGGCAAGAGUAAUGGAAAAGCUGGAGAAUCUGAUGUUAUAGAUGUGGAGUUUGAAGAAUUCUGUAAAGCUAUUGACGCUAAUCUCUCUAUUGAGCAAAUGGUUGAGAUUCUUGAAGCCAAUGACCAAGACUCCUCUGGCCCAGAUCCUGUUGUUUUCACUAAAUGCCAAGACAUGCUGUUUUAUGGACUGUUAGGGAGAUGCCCAAUUUUCAGUAGUAAAUUGGAAUUUGAUGGUAAAAGAUAUACUUGCAAAGGAAUGUACAGUGAGUGAUCUACAUGCACAUUCAGAACAAAAGAUCCACUGAGGAGGGAGGAGCCAGUCAAAAUACCAGAUUCUGUCCUCAAAUCUGUUGAUUCAGACGUAUAUUUCUGGACCAUACAUUCUUCCUCUUUACAAUUAAGACUUGACUGUCUGUCUAAUGUUAUAUUUCUGUGUAUUUAUUUGAGUUCUAUUUCUCUCUGCAAUAGUUGAUAAAGAAGUAUCAAAUGACUUGAAAAUGGGAUGAAAAGCUUGGUUUUGAAGAAGAUAAGGGCAGUGAAGAUAACCACAACCAAAACAACAACAACAACGCUGAGAACAACAAUGCAACUAUGGAUAGUUGUGGGGAAGAUUGUGUUGAAGCUGAGACGGUGAAGAAGGCUGGGGAGUGUUUAAGCUGUGCAUGACCAGUCCCCAGGUAUGUUGUGGGAGAAACUAAGUUGGAAACUUCAAAAGAGGGUCGUACUCUUAAGGAUUUCAAGUAUGGAUGUGUUGGUUACUCAGUAUACUUGGGCAAUAAAGAUUCAUCAACUGAUAAGAUGGAUAAAGAAGCAUAAUUGCCCUUCUGUGUUGGGCUUGAGAUCAGGUUUGAUAAUGCUUCAACCUCAACUGCCAAUCAGCUCAUUCCAUCUACGACAGCAACCUGUACACCGCCUGUUGAGCAACCGGAAGUGGUCAUUUCAAGGUGUGUCCAACCAUUGCCCCACUCACAGCUAAAGAAGGGCUCUAUUCUGUUUGUGAAAAUGGAGGGAGAGAUGGAAGAGAAGCUUUUGAGGCAAGCAGAAGAGAAUCUUUUGAGGCAAGCAGAAGAGAAUCAUGUUGAUGAGGAAAUAAAUCUCAAGGACAAGGUGUGGACUGAGACUAAAAAGAUGUGGAUUGUAGCAGGUCCUGCCAUUUUCACGCGAUUUUCGACAUUUGGGAUGAACUUAGUUAGUCAAGCCUUUGUCGGGCACAUUGGCUCAACUGAACUAGCAGCCUACUCGCUUGUGGUUACUGUCCUCUUGAGGUUUGCAAAUGGCAUCCUGUUGGGGAUGGCGAGUGCUUUGGAAACGCUGUGUGGGCAAGCAUAUGGUGCGCAACAGCACCACAUGAUGGGAAUAUAUCUUCAAAGAUCAUGGAUAGUUUUGUUCAUUUGCUCAAUCUUUCUUCUUCCAGUGUUUAUCUUUACUACUCCAAUUUUAAUUGCUUUGGGCCAGGAAAGAGAGAUCGCAGAAUUAGCGGGAGUCAUUUCUUAUUGGCUACUCCCUGUAAUGUUUGCAUUCAUAAUAUCCUUUACCUGCCAAAUGUUCCUACAAGCACAGAGCAAGAACAUGAUUAUCUCUUACUUGGCAGCAUUUUCAUUUUCAAUUCAUCUCCUUCUUUCAUGGCUUUUGACUGUGAAAUAUAAGUUUGGAAUCAUGGGGGCAAUGGUAUCGACAGUUAUGGCAUACUGGAUUCCAAAUAUGGGUCAACUUAUGUUUGUUAUGUAUGGUGGGUGCAGUGAAACAUGGAAAGGUUUUUCCAUUUUUGCUUUCAAAGAUCUUUGGCCUGUAAUGAAGCUUUCACUGUCAUCUGGCGCCAUGCUUUGUCUUGAGCUCUGGUACAACACAGUAUUGAUUCUUCUAACAGGAAACAUGAAAAAUGCUGAAGUUUCCAUUGAUGCUCUCUCUAUUUGCCUCAAUGUCAAUGGUCUCGAAAUGAUGAUAUCCCUUGGUUUCUUGGCUGCAGCAAGUGUUAGGGUCUCGAACGAGCUUGGACGAGGAAGCUCAAAAGCUGCAAAGUUCUCCAUUAUAGUAACAGUUUGUACAUCAUUUGCCAUUGGAUUAGUAUUGUUUCUAUUUUUCCUUCUCCUCAAGGGCCGUCUAGCAUACAUAUUUACUGACAAUUAUGAGGUGGCUCGAGCAGUAGCAGAUCUUUCUCUACUUCUGGCUUUCUCCAUACUUUUGAAUAGUGUGCAACCAGUGCUCUCCGGAGUUGCUGUUGGUGCUGGAUGGCAAAGCAUUGUGGCAUACGUUAACUUAUCGUGCUACUACCUGAUUGGGAUUCCUGUUGGAGUUGUGCUUGGUUAUGUUUCCAAAUUUGGAGUCAAAGGUGUGUGGAUGGGAAUGUUGUUGGGAACAUUUGUUCAAACUGUAGUGCUUAUUAUUAUAACCUGGAGAACUGAUUGGGAUAAACAGGUUAUUAUAGCUCGAAAACGCGUUAGCAAGUGGGUCGUAGCAGAAUCUGCAGAAGAAUCAACGCCCAAGAGACAAGAAGUAUGAGAUUUAGCUUCUUCAAUUGCCACUACCCUUUUGAUACUUAAUUACCUUGAAUUGAGGGUCUUGGUGGUUCAAUACCUGGAAUUAUAUUUUGUUUUCAAUUUUACAAAUAUCCCAAGAUUUCCCUCUACUUUAUAUUCUUUUAUUAAUUACCAUAGUUUUAUUAAAAGAGUGAAACAAUGGGGUUUUUAUUUCCUU